AUGCAUCGAAAUCUUCCUCCUCACGUACGCCAGUAUGAUAGUCUGGAUUUGUUGAUGUACCCUGAAAACGGAGGAAUGGUUCCCCCCGGCGGAUAUGCACCACGGUCAAAUAGCAUCAUUGUCCUAAGGCUAAAGCCGAGGAUAGUGCAGCGUACCCUUGACCAUCAUAUGGGGAAACUUGACCCGAGUUACGGAUGUUCUAACCCAGUACCUCUCGAAGUCAGUUGGGAUCCGAGCAGUACAUCAAUGAAAUUAUCAGGCGUUCGCGAGUUCAUUGAUUAUGAGCGAAUCAAGCAACACUUAUCAACUUGUACCUCGUCAUCUAGCCACCGGGAGCGCUGCGAACCCCCGAAACAUAAGCAAAGCUCACCGAGUAAGCUGAUUGAUUGUCAGAUGAUGACAGUCGUGAGAGCCGAACCAUCCUACGACUACGUCGCACUCAGUUAUGUUUGGGGCCGGCAGGAGCACGAUUCAUCCAAAGGUCUUCACGAUUCUCCAGCCACUAUUCGAGACGCGAUUAAAGUUACGACUAAGCUAGGAUAUCGAUAUCUCUGGAUAGACAGAUAUUGUAUUGACCAAAGUCAGUCGACGGAGAAACAUGUUGAGAUCCAGCGGAUGGGUCGUAUAUAUAAUGGAGCUUCCCUAACAAUUAUGGCAGCCGCUGGUUCAGACCCUAAUCACGGCCUACCAGGAGUUUCUAAGGCCCGAAAAAAUGUCGCAGAAAGGAGAGGCUCCUCUAACUGGACGAUUGUCGAUAUUCCUGACAAUCUUCUUAACCUAAUUAAAUCUAGUAUCUGGCAAACUAGGGCUUGGACCUACCAAGAACAAAUACUAUCUCGGCGUCGUUUGUACUUUACGGACCAAGAAGCGAUUUUUCAAUGUCUAAACUAUAGUGCUAGAGAAUCUUAUGCUUCUGAGGAAGAGGCAGGCUUAGAUCCUCAAUCAUACGCUCUGAAUCCUGUUAGAGAUUACCCACUUCAGAUUUUCGGCGGCAUAUCAGAAUAUUCACGGAGGGAAUUAACCUAUAGCCAUGAUUAUCUAAACGGACUUUCGGGUAUUCUUGAGCACCUGGCCGAGGAAGAGGAUUCCGCGUUUCACCUGUUCGGCGUGCCAAUUCUCCCCCCAGAAUAUGUCACAGACGAAAAUAAAAUUAUAACAAGAGACUAUCCCGCUCUCCUAAUGAUUGGGAUGACCUGGAAAAUCUCAGAAGGGCAACGACGCCUAGAUCUGAACUUCCCUAGCUGGUCUUGGGUUGGCUGGUCAGGCCACGUUGAUUGGGACUACGACAUUCUCUAUGAGCUAUCUUCGAGCAAUGAGGUUUGGGUCGAAGAUGAGAUGAAGAAGCCAUGGCCACUGCGAGAUUUAUGCAAGCAACAGCACGUUUCGAUUCGUAACUUCAAUUUCGCUCAAGCCAUUCAUAUUGAAGCCGAUACUUUUGAAGUUGUCUUCGAUGACGACGACUAUGCCACCUGGAAAAGUCAAGAUGGUCGCAGUGUGUAUACAGAAGCCGAGUUGAUUGAAGGCCUCAGUACACAUCUAGCUCAAGGAGAUAUUCCCGAAGCCAGAAGAUUCAAAGCCCUUGUACUCGGCAUACAUGAAUAUGAAGAAGAAGAAAUUGAAGAUGAAGAAGGAGAUGAAUAUAAUUUAACAUCUAUUCGUACUUGGGUAUGCAAGCUACUGCGGCAGAGUCCAGAAGGGCACGAAGUUGUUGGGCAUAUGUCAUUUAGACUUUAUGAUAUUAUUGACACGUCGGGAGGGGGGUGCAAUGAAUUGCUGCUGCCCUGCAUGGUUAAAGAGCGAGUUCGCUUGGUGUAA